AUGAUGUGGUUGGCGGUGGGAGGAGAAAUUUGCGGGUCGUUCAAUAGAAGAAAAAGAAAUUCCCUCUACGUAACUGUGACUCUCCUCAUUGUGUCAGUAUUAAUUCUAACGGUGGGCCUAGCUGCUACAACAAGAACCCAAAAUGUGACUGUUGGAGGUUAUUACCCAGGGGUUAUUCUUGGUUUUGGGUCGUUUCUUGGAAUAAUUGGAUCAAACUUGAUAGAAAACAAAAGGCAAAUGCUGGUUGCAUCGAUCGUCUUCAUCAGCUUUGGCGUCAUUGCUGCGUUCUGCUGUGCCAUAGUAGACGGUGUCUUUGCUGCCAGACACAUAGAUCUGAGGCCGCUGUACGCGGGGCGAUGUCAGUACUACUCCAAGAGUACGACUCCACCGGAGGUGAGAGCAAUCUGUCACCCACAGCGCCGUGCACCCUGCACGCCGAAAAUAAAAACCAACACUUGCUUCUGCUGUGACCUGUACAACUGUGGAAAAGUAGAGAUUUCUGGAGGCUACUAUGAAUACAUUGAUGUCAGCAGCUGCCAAGACAUCAUCCACCUUUACCACUUGCUUUGGUCGGCAACGAUUCUGAACAUAGUGGGGCUGUUCCUAGGGAUCAUUACAGCAGCGAUACUUGGAGGCUUUAAAGACAUGACUCCUUCCCUCCCCACGCUGAACUGUGCGGUUGAAAACACACACCCUUCCGUGUCCUACUACUCGAGGCCACAAGUGACAUCUUACAACACCUACUACCACAGCACUCCUCACCUGCCGCCCUACUCCGCGUACGACUUUCAGCAUUCCAGCGUGUUUCCAGCCUCCACUCCUUCUGGCCUCUCCGACGACCCCCAGUCAGUGUCGCCAUCUCCCAGCUACAUGUGGUCCUCUAAUGCGCCGCCUCGUUACUCGCCACCAUAUUUUCCACCUUUUGAAAAGCCACCACCUUAUACACCAUAAAGAAUGUGGGAAAGAAGAAAAAAAUACUUGCCAUUGAAAUAAUUGUGAACAUUUUGUAUUUAUAUUUUACUGUGGGAGGGAGUGGGAGAAUAGCUACAGGAGAUAAUUGCAAAUACAAAUAUCGGAUCGGACUGUUCUUUCUUGCGAGACUUAUUUCAGAGGUUUGACCACGGAGUUUGAGGAAGGGGGACAUACUGCUGGUGUUUUGCAGUGUCGAUGAGUAGCAGGUGACCUGAGUUCCAGCCUCCUUGUUUUACCACGAGGUUCAUGUAGUCCUUGG